UUCAGCGGCCCCGCGGAGUUCCGUCCGGACACCUUUCUUUCCAGGAGGCGGGUUCCGUCCGGACGGGGGUUGGUGGCGGACCACGAGGUGGACAUGGAGACGCUAGCGGCGGAGUUCGGGGAUUUGGAUCCGGAAAGGCUGGCGGCACCGGUCCGGGAGGUGGAGGAAAAAUGGAAGCUUCUUCCUGCUUUUCUGAAGGUCAAAGGCCUGGUGAAGCAGCACAUUGACUCGUUCAACUACUUCAUAAAUGUCGAGAUUAAGAAGAUUAUGAAAGCCAACGAGAAGGUGACCAGUGAUGCUGAUCCUAUGUGGUAUUUAAAAUACCUGAAUAUUUAUGUUGGAGUGCCAGAUGUUGAAGAAAGUUUCAACGUAACCAGACCUGUUGCUCCACAUGAGUCACAGAAGGUGCAGCAUUUUACGUCCAAUUUACGUCCUCCCUCCUUGCUAUCCAUGGUUCCAGAUGCACCUUCCAGACAGUUUGCCAUUCGUCCUGAUAAGAAAUCUGAGGCCAAGAUUCAAAUGGUUAAACAAGUGGGAAUGAUUGCAGGUGGAACUGGUAUAACUCCCAUGCUGCAACUGAUCAGGGCGAUCGUGAAGGAUCCAGAGGAUCUCUCAAUCUGCCACCUGCUGUUUGCCAACCAGACUGAGAAAGACAUCCUGUUGCAAUCGGAGUUGGAAGAAAUUGAGGCUGAGCACCCUCACCGUGUCAUAAUAUGGUACACCCUGGACAGAGCUCCUGAAGGCUGGAAAUACAGUGAGGGAUUUGUGAAUGAACAGAUGAUCAAGGAACACCUUCCCCCAUUUGCCGACGAUGUGCUUAUUCUGCUGUGUGGUCCUCCGCCGAUGAUACAGUUUGCAUGCAAUCCAAACCUUGACAAACUGGGUUAUAGUCCAAGCUCUCGGGUGUGUGCGGUUGCUGGCCCAUGCUGCAGGUGUGACACUGACAUGCACUCUGCACACAGUAACAUGUCCAUCCACUUGACUGAUGACAGCCGACAAGCUGCUGGCUUUGUGACUGCACUAAACAGCAAGCUUCUGUCUCUGCUUUUUGAAGAUUUGUUCAAAAAGUUCAAUUCAGAGCUGAAGAAGAUUGCUGACCAGAUCAUCCCCAAGCAACGAGCGGCCCAGUUUGAUGUUGUGAAGCACAUGCGGCAAGAUCAGAUCACUAAUGGCAUGGUCAAUGCCAUCUCAACUGGGAAUUGGUCUCUCAAAAGAUUCAAAAUGGACCGUCAGGGUGUUACUCAGGUGCUGUCUCGUUUGUCUUAUAUUGCUGCCCUGGGUAUGAUGACCAGGAUCUCCUCUCAGUUUGAAAAGACCAGAAAAGUGAGUGGGCCCAGAUCGCUUCAGCCGUCACAAUGGGGGAUGUUGUGCCCAUCAGACACUCCUGAAGGAGAGGCUUGCGGUUUGGUGAAGAAUCUGGCUUUGAUGACCCACAUCACAACAGAUAUGGAAGAUGGCCCCAUAAUUAAACUCGCCUUUAACCUUGGUGUUGAAGAUGUAAAUCUGCUUUGUGGGGAAGAACUGUCAUAUCCAAAUGUGUUCAUUGUAUUUCUAAAUGGUAACAUCUUGGGUGUAAUACACGAUCAUCAGAAACUGGUGAAAACAUUCCGUUUGAUGCGCCGAGCAGGAUACAUCAAUGAAUUUGUUUCUAUCUCUACAAAUCUGACAGAUCGCUGUGUUUAUAUUUCUUCCGAUGGAGGCAGACUUUGCAGGCCCUACAUUAUUGUGAAGAACAGACAACCAGCAGUCACAAAUAAGCAUAUUGAAGAACUAUCUCAGGGUUACAGGUCCUUUGAAGACUUCCUACACGAAGGAUUAGUGGAAUACCUUGAUGUUAACGAAGAAAAUGAUUGCUAUAUUGCACUUUAUGAGCAUAUGAUCAACAAAUCUACGACCCACUUGGAGAUUGAACCAUUUACACUUCUUGGUGUAUGUGCAGGGCUCAUUCCCUACCCUCACCACAAUCAGUCUCCAAGGAACACCUACCAGUGUGCCAUGGGGAAGCAAGCCAUGGGUACAAUAGGCUACAACCAGCGGAAUCGGAUUGACACCCUCAUGUACCUGCUUGCCUACCCUCAGAAACCUAUGGUGAAAACCAAAUCCAUUGAGCUGAUUGACUUUGAAAAGCUCCCAGCAGGACAGAAUGCUACAGUAGCUGUGAUGAGCUACAGUGGUUAUGAUAUUGAAGAUGCGCUCGUCCUAAAUAAGGCUUCUUUGGACAGAGGCUUUGGAAGAUGUCUGGUGUAUAAAAAUGCUAAAUGUACACUUAAACGUUAUACAAAUCAGACUUUCGAUAAAGUCAUGGGUCCAAUGCUUGACGCAGCUACACGGAAGCCAAUUUGGCGGCAUGAAAUUUUAGAUGCGGAUGGUAUUUGCUCACCAGGUGAGAAAGUGGAAAACAGACAGGUGCUGGUGAACAAAUCAAUGCCGACAGUUACACAGACUCCGUUAGAGGGAACUGCACAAUCCCAACAGCCACAGUUUCGCGAUGUCCCAAUCACCUACAAAGGAGCAACAGAUUCGUAUAUUGAGAAGGUGAUGAUCUCUUCAAACUCAGAAGACGCAUUUUUAAUUAAAAUUCUGCUGAGACAGACGAGACGUCCUGAGAUUGGUGACAAAUUCAGCAGCCGACAUGGCCAGAAAGGUGUUUGUGGUUUGAUUGUACCUCAGGAAGACAUGCCAUUCUGUGACAGUGGAAUAUGUCCAGAUAUCAUCAUGAAUCCUCACGGUUACCCCUCCCGAAUGACAGUUGGUAAGUUGAUUGAACUGUUGGCAGGGAAGGCUGGCCUCCUGGAUGGCAGGUUCCACUAUGGCACUGCCUUUGGUGGAAGCAAAGUAAAGGAUGUUUGUGAGGAUCUUAUACAUUAUGGUUACAAUUAUCUUGGCAAGGACUAUGUAACCUCUGGAAUCACUGGUGAACCAUUGGAAGCAUACAUCUACUUUGGUCCUGUGUACUAUCAGAAGCUGAAGCACAUGGUCCUGGAUAAGAUGCAUGCACGAGCACGAGGCCCCCGGGCUGUCCUCACCAGGCAACCAACUGAAGGACGAUCGCGUGAUGGAGGUUUGCGUCUUGGUGAGAUGGAGCGAGAUUGCCUGAUUGGCUAUGGAGCCAGCAUGAUGCUGUUGGAGAGGCUAAUGAUCUCCAGUGAUGCUUUUGAGGUGGACGUCUGUGGACAAUGUGGUCUGCUGGGAUACUCUGGCUGGUGUCAUUACUGCAAGUCAUCAUGUCAUGUCUCCUCUUUGCGGAUCCCGUAUGCCUGUAAACUACUAUUUCAGGAACUGCAGUCCAUGAACAUUGUGCCCAGAUUGAAGCUGGCCAGGUACAACGAAUGAUCUGCUCUGCAACAUGAGGAAAGUGUUUGAGCUGAAAAGCAAGGGUUCUUGCGGCACAGAGACUGUCUCCUGAGUAUCAACAAGCUGUAGAGGAGUUAUUGAAACCUGCGAUUUUUUUGUUUUUCAUGCUCCCUGUUCAGCUCAAGUUGGCAAGGAGAGAAAAUAAUUUGCUUGUGAUUGAUGGGCUGAGACAAUACAGCACAACUGACUGUAGCCGCCUUCAUAAAGGUCUGGCCAGCUCUCGAACUGAGGGAGCAGAGUUAAUGCAGAGCCUUGUGUUUGUUCACCAAACCGCCCGACAUCAUUCACUUAUAACCGUCACAGCUGGGAGUAGCUGAGUGGCAAACACAGACUUGAAGAAGAAUUGGGUUAUUUAAUUUAAUUUUUGAAAGUGUUGGAAGGUGGCUGCUCAUCAUAUUUUAUUCUGUAAGCUGUUAAUACAUCGAUUAAAAAAAGUUUUAUUUUGAAA